AUGAUAACGCGAAUAGGGGAGGAGGUGUUUUUAGAAAUAUUUAAUGCAAUAUCGAAAGGAAAAGGCAGAAUACCACUCAGUAAAGCAUUGAACGGACUAAAUUCGUUUUUUAAUUCCGAGGAAAACCCAUAUAGAAAACACAUGUGCCACGAUUCCUCAGAUAAGUAUAUGACAAGCGAGGAGUUUAUGAACAAUUUUUAUACGAGAAACGUGGACAGGAGACACGGAAUAAGAUCGCAAAUACUGAUGGCAGGAGGACCUAAGAACAUAAGAGGGAACCCAGGAGGACACCUAGACUCAUCGCUAUCGUUCCCACAAAUAACAUUUGAGCAGUUUUUUGGAAUAGCAAAGGUAAAAGGGAGUUUAGGUAGAAAAAUAAGUGAAUAUUCAGGACAUGGAAACAAUGUACCUUGA